GAAGUGACGUCAUUCUUGGCGGAAACGCGGUUUGCUUACUGAUGUAAAAAAAUGGCUGCAGCCAGUUUGGCCGUUCUUUGCCGUCAAGUCUCAGCCGCCCUGAAGACUUCCAGGUCGUUAAUAAGUCCUCAGGCCACGGCUAGCACAGGGUUUUCUCUUAAUCUGUUGCUUAAGAAUACACCAAAUAUCACAUCUUUACACCAGUGUAGAUUAUUUCAUACCACGUUGUCAAGGAAAGGACUAGAAGAAUUUUUUGAUGACCCAAAGAAUUGGGGGGAAGAAAAAGUGAAAUCUGGAGCUUCAUGGACCUGUCAGCAAUUAAGGAACAAAAGUAAUGAAGAUUUACAUAAACUUUGGUAUGUCCUCCUGAAAGAAAGAAACAUGCUUCUCACUCUAGAGCAGGAGGCCAAACGGCAAAUACUGCCGAUGCCAAGCCCGGAGCGGUUAGAAAAGGUAAUAGAAUCCAUGGAUGCAUUAGAUAAAGUUGUGCAGGAAAGGGAAGAUGCCCUAAGACUUCUUCAGACUGGUCAAGAAAAAGCUAGACCUGGUGCUUGGAGAAAAGACAUCUUUGGAAGAAUCAUCUGGCACAAAUUCAAGCAAUGGCCUAUACCUUGGUACCUAAAUAAAAGAUACAACAGAAAACGGUUCUUUGCAAUGCCCUAUGUGGAUCGUUUUGACAGACUGAAAUAUGAGAAACAAGCCCGCAUCCAAGCAAGGAGGAAAAAUUUAGAGAAAAAGAAAGAAAAACUUCUUCAGGAAAAGUUUCCACAUCUUUCUGAAGCCCAGAAGUCAAGUCUUGUCUAAGAUGUCUGAACUCAUAAUUUACCAUUUUUUCUUGGAUACCAGUCUGUAUAUGAAAGGAACUGUUUGUUACGUAGUUUAUAAAGAAAUUGUGUUUUUAGACAUCUGUUUUAAGUGUUAAUACGGCACGCUAAUACUGGAAGUGGUCCUGCUUCUACCAGAUUUUUAAAAAAAUAGGUAUAAACUUCAGAUUAAAUUCCCAUUUGAUAAACUCUGAUAUCUAAACAGAUUUAAAGCACUUGUAUCUUAGAGUAGGUGGGUAAUGUCAACUGCUACAGCAAAGGCCAACCAGAUAAUGUUUUUCCUAUUAUUGUUAAUAGGCUACUAAGAUGAUAAACUGCUGCUGAUAAACAGUGAGGACUUUUACUGAAAAUAGUGAUAAAUACAUUUAAUGCUUAAAAUAUCAAGUUAUAACACAACAGUCCAAAAUAUGUAUUUUUGGAAUGGCUAGUAAUUUUUAUUUAAUUUUGCAAGCCUAAGGUAAAAAGCAUAGGCAAUAAAUUUUACUCAUCAAUAAAAAGCAAUUCUACCAAUCCACUGGUAAUUAUUAUACUAAAGAGAGCUGGAAAGCAUCUGAAUGAAAGCAAAAUAUUUAGAGAAAAUAGAUAUUUAUACAAAAUUAUAAAAUGCUUGAAAUACGAAUAGUGCUUUACAAGGAGAGCACAAACUUAUUUUAAGUUAUAGAGCCAGUUAAAGCCUUAAAAAAUUUAUGUGGAAAUUGAAAUAUGCAAAAAUGUAUAAACAUUCUACAAAAGAUGGUCAUUCUUUUCCUGAGUAUACUAAAGCCAUGAAACAUAAGGUGACACAGGAAGGUAGAAGUGUGGGAACUCUUCAAGGGCAUUUCCUUUCUACACACUGCUUCCCCCCUUCUUCAUAUUCUUGUUUGGAAAUCCACAUCUGUUGAAAGGUACCC